AUGCCAAAAACGGUCAACGUUCGCGUCACCACCAUGGAUGCUGAGCUGGAGUUUUCCUUCCACCCUAACACAACUGGGAAGCAGCUCUUUGACCAGGUUGCCAGGACAAUUGGACUCCGUGAGAAUUGGUACUUUGGGCUACAGUUUGUCGAUGGAAAAGGUUUCCUCACAUGGCUCAACACUGAUAAGAAGGUGAUGUCCCAGGACGUGCGCAAGGAGACACCGCUUCAAUUCAAACUGCGUGCAAAGUACUACCCAGAGGAUGUGGCGGAGGAGCUGAUCCAGGAUGUGACACGCCGUCUCUUCUACCUACAAGUUAAAGAGGACAUCCUGAGCGAGGAUGUCUACUGUCCCCCCGAGACGGCCGUGCUGCUGGCCUCCUAUGCCAUCCAGGCCAAGUACGGCGAGUACAAGAAGUCGGUACACCAGCCCGGCUACAUGUCCUCAGAGCGCAUCAUGUCACGCAGCGUUCUGGAGCAACACAACUUGUCCAAAGAGCAAUGGGAGGACAAAAUCCAGGUCUGGCAUGAAGAACACGGAAGCAUGCUCAAGGAUGAGGCCAUAAUCGAGUACCUGAAGAUCGCCCAAGAUCUGGAGAUGUACGGCAUCAACUACUUUGAGAUCAAGAACAAGAAGGGCACCGACUUGUGGUUGGGUGUAGACGCUCUUGGCCUCAACAUCUAUGCGAAGGAAGACAAGAUGACUCCAAAGAUUGGAUUUCCCUGGAGUGAAAUCAGGAAUAUUUCAUUUAAUGAUAAAAAGUUCAUCAUCAAGCCCAUCGACAAGAAGGCCCCGGACUUUGUCUUCUACGCGCCACGACUGCGCGUCAACAAGCGUAUCCUACAGCUGUGCAUGGGCAACCACGAACUGUACAUGCGCCGCCGCAAGCCGGACACCAUCGAGGUGCAGCAGAUGAAGGCCCAAGCUAAGGAGGAGCGGCUCCAGAAGAAGAUGGAGCGUGACCAGCUGGAGAGCGAAAAGAAGCGCAGGGAGGCCAUCGAGCGCGAGAAGGACCAGAUGGAGCGGGAGAAGCUUCAGCUCAUGACCAAGCUCCAGGAGUACGAGGAGACCACCAAGAGAGCUGAACUGGAGCUCCGAGAGCAGCUGGAGCGGGCCGUGCGGCUGGAGGAGGAACGGAGGAAAGUGGAGCAGGAGGCGGCCCGGCUGGAGGCCGAAAGGAUGGAGGCCAUCAUCGCCAAGGAGGAGCUGGCCAGGCAGGCUGAGGAUCAGUUGAAGAGCCAGGAGCAGCUGGCAACGGAGUUGGCGGAGUACAGCGCCAAGAUUCUGCUGCUGGAGGAGGCCAAAAGAAUGAAGGAAGAGGAGGCCGACACAUGGCACUGCAAGGCGAGAGAGGUUGAGGAGAGCCUGGUGAAGACGCAGGAGGAGCUGCGUACGGUGAUGAGCAGCGCUCCCCUCGUGCCCCCCAUGGCCACCGCUUCCUCAUCCUCCUCUGACAGCGAAAGCGACCAUGAGCACAGUGAGGAGAACAGCACCUACAGCGCCGAGCUGCAGUCGCAGGGCAUCAACGACCACCGCCUGGAAGAGGACCGGCUCACCGAGGCCGAGAAGGACGAGCGCCUUCGUGCCAAGCUCAAGGCACUGAGCUCAGAGCUGGAGGAGUCGCGCGACCAGACUAAGAAGUCCGCCAGCGACCUGCUACACGCCGAGAACGUUCGCGCAGGCCGGGACAAGUACAAGACACUGCGGCAGAUCCGUAUGGGUAACACCAAGCAGAGGAUCGACGAGUUCGAAGCCCUGUAA